AUGAUCAUACAUACAAUUUAUUAUCUCUAUUACUUAUUUCUAUAUCCGAUCAUCAUACCAUCAUCUAUAGUCUUAAGUCAAAUUAUAAGUCAUCAAUGUUCAUGUAAUUGUUGUUCUACGUAUUCUGGUUGCAUUCCAACUGUCGUUGGACAAGCAACAUCUGCUUCUUGUACAACACAAGAUUGUCAAACUGGAUGUCGUCAACAAUAUUCAUCACAAUGUACAACUUAUGGACAAGUACAAGCUACGUGUUUAACACCAACAUUCAAUUGUCAAUGUAAUUGUUGCCGUGGCUAUGGUUGUACACUUGUUACAAACGUUAUUCCAAGUGGUAGCGCAUCUGUAACAUCAUUUUCAUGUGAUAUAGCAUCAUGUACAUUAGCAUGUGCAUCGAAAUUACCAUACUAUUGUCCAACAGCAGAACUAGAUGGUAAAACACAAGGACAAUGUACGGGACAAGUUACAACAACAAGUACGACCACAUUGCCUGAACUAUUUCGUGGUAAUAAUUGUACAUGUGCAUGUUGUAGUUCUGGUUAUUUUUGUGCUACAUCUUUAACAAGUACACUUGUUGUUGGUUUUACAUCAGCCACGUCUUGUCAACAAUGUACACAAGAAUGCAUGAAUAAAUUUACCAAUCAACGAUGUGUAUCAUCGUCUUAUCCAUAUGGACAACAAUUAGUUGGAGUUUGUACAAAUGCUAUAUUAACUACAAAUCCUGGAACAGGACAAUAUCGUUGUCAAUGUAACUGUUGUCCGUCAUCAGGUGGACAAUGUCAACAAAGUACAGUUAAUUCACAAAUAUGUAGUGACUCAGCAUGUACAAGUCAAUGUAUACAAACAUAUGGACAAGCACAAUGUGCAAAUACAAAUGGACAGACAAUUGGACAAUGUAUAGGAGGAAAUGGAUAUAUUGCUAUACGACCACAGCAACAGUUAGUCGGAUUCUAUUUGGUAGUUGUUUCACUACGAGCUUUGUUUUCAAACUGUUUGUAA